AUGCAGCUGACCGUGAACUCGCUCGCCGCCAGCCUGGCGCUGCUCGCGCCCAGUGCCCAUGCGCUCCUCCGUUUCUCGUGCUCGCAGCUCGUCGUCGAGCGUCUCGACCCGCUCGUCUUCCCCGGCGUCACGGGCUCGCCGCACGUCCACCAGAUCAUCGGUGGUAACGCCUUUAACCAAUCUAUGGAGUACCCGCGCAUGGAUAUCCCAAGCGAGGCCACAUGUACCACGUGUACCUUCGCCGAGGACUUGUCCAACUACUGGACUGCCGUUCUCUACUUCCGUGCGCGCAACGGCACUUUCAAGAGAGUCCCGCAGAUGGCAAACUCUGGCUUUGAGGGCUCAAAUGGCGGUAUGACUGUUUUACACGCCUAG